GAUGACCGUCUCACUCCCCUGUUUCUGACUGGAGUCGGAGCGGGUGGUUUUUCAGGAGGGAAACUUUACAAGGUUUAACGGGAUUCGAGCGCGAUUAAUUCAUUUCGCUUAAUUACCAGAUCAAGUGCAGCCACAUUAAGAGGAGUCCCCCAGACAUGUCAGGCAUUGCAUUGAGCCGGCUUGCUCAGGAGCGCAAGGCAUGGCGGAAGGACCAUCCUUUUGGAUUUGUAGCUGUACCAACAAAGAAUCCCGACGGAACCAUGAAUCUCAUGAAUUGGGAAUGUGCUAUUCCUGGAAAAAAAGGGACUCCAUGGGAAGGAGGUCUGUUCAAACUGAGAAUGUUGUUCAAGGACGACUAUCCUUCCUCACCUCCAAAAUGUAAAUUUGAGCCGCCACUCUUCCAUCCAAAUGUCUAUCCAUCAGGCACAGUAUGCCUAUCUAUUCUGGAGGAGGACAAGGACUGGAGACCAGCCAUCACAAUAAAGCAGAUCUUAUUAGGUAUCCAGGAACUUCUAAACGAGCCAAAUAUCCAGGAUCCUGCCCAAGCAGAGGCAUAUACAAUCUACUGCCAAAACAGAGUAGAAUACGAAAAAAGAGUUCGAGCACAAGCCAAGAAAUUCUCCCCGUCGUAAGGACCGAAGAAUCUCCGCAGCAGAAGGAAUGGGUUUAACAAGAAUCACCUCCCCGCUCAGUCUCUAAAUGAAUGUGCUCCCCUCACAUCGGGACUUGCUUAAAGACUUCUAUUUAAACUCCACACAUUCUGUGCCAUCCGUUCUUUCCCCAAUUCAUUUUGUUCUUAUUUGUUGGUUGGCGCAUAAUACCAGGAGGGGGCAGGUGCUUCAGCACCCUGGUCAAUUUCUUUUUAAACAUAAAUGGUCUUAUGUGGUGCAAGGGACACAGCUUCAGUUUCAUCAACUUCAUACAAGCUGGGUGUCAUCGAUGUUCAUGGAAGAAAAUGUCUUAUUUUUCUUUUUGUUUUUUUUUUUCUCUCCACAGGGUCCCUUUUUUGUUUUCCCCUCCUUUUUAUUUUCCAUAAAUUUAAUGUAAAAUUAGCUUAUUUCAUUGUCAGUAUUUCAUCUGCUGUAUAAUGAAUGGCACUUUUAUACUGUUGUAUUUCACUAGUGUCUCUAGAUAGUUCUGUCUAAUUCUCUUUUCCCAGGUUUUCUAUUCAGCAUGCUGUAAUAUAUGAUAGAAUCUGCUGCCUUGGCUGUCUUUUUGUUAUUCAGAGUGUUUUUGCUUUUGAAUAAAUAAAAAUGGCCACAGUGACUGAAGCAGGUAGGCUUACUUCUGUAUCAGACUUAAAGAUUAUAUGGUGCUUUGUUCAUGUAUGUGUUGGCUUAAUAAUAAAACUUUCUACAAAA